AUGGCGACUGCAAAAUGGCGGAUAGGAAACAACAAGCGCAGAGACUGUAGAAUUUCUAUUGGUUAACAUACAUCACGUGGUAAAACUGAGAUGGUAUCAUGGCGGCACUCAUAAGGCAUGGACUUCAAAAACGAGGACAAGAAAUAAACACAUGUAAUAAUAUACGAAAGAUAAUGUCAAGGAACAAAUCUGACAAAUCUGACAAAUCUGGCUACAAACCAUCAUACAAGAUGCCUUAUAACAGGAAAAAGAAGCAGCCCCCAGCUAUACACUUUGAUUCCACUGGACAGUCUAUUGCGGCAAAAGGUUUUCAUCGUCCACAGAAGCAUUAUGAUCCACCAGAAGAUGCUGCAGACAGAAUAAAUUCCAUAUAUAAAUCAAUAACAGGCUUGACCAGUGUUUCAGAAGCGCCCCUAAAUAUUCCAGAAAUGAAGUUCAGGAUCCUGAAUGCCUGUUUUCAAGAAUUUCAGUAUAGUGUUCCAAAUUCCCUUCUUUCUACCAUACAUACUGUAGACGAUGUUCUGGAAUUUUACAAGACUCCUGUUGAGAAAAGAGCUCCACUUGAUGCACUGAAGACCAUGAAAUUACCAGAAAACGUCCACAUUCAGACUGAGUACCAUCGCUUCCAUCCAGAAACAGAUACAAUGUUUGGUGGAAUUAGUGCAUUCCCAAAAAGUUCAACUAUUGUGACUGGUCUAAGAUACAAGAAGAAAUAUAAAGGAUAUGAUGCAAGGACACCAUGGGCCAAGUACUUUUAAGUGUAUGGAAACUGUAGCAUUUACAUUAAAUAUAUUAUUUACCAUAAUUU